UAAUGGAACCAAAACUCAGAGCUUUGCCUGUAGGAUUCAGGUUUCGUCCAACAGAUUGUGAGAUUUCAAAUUAUUUCUUGACGAGAAAAGCUUUGGGACAACCAAUGAAUACUCGUAUUGUACCUGAAGAGUGUCAUGAUAUCUUCUCAAGACGUCCUCGUGAUUUGCCUGGCUAUCCAAGAGAAAAGCAUUGGUACUUCUAUUGCAGAAAACUUAAGGACCAAGUUACUACUACUACUAAUACCAGCUCUCAUAAUAUUUGGACACAAAUAGAAGAAGAAACCGAUGUUUUAGAUGCAAAGAAUAAUGAUGCAUUAGUCGGUAUCAAACGUUCAUUUACUCUCGUUGAGAAUGAUGAAGAAUCCGAUGAUAUUUAUUUGUCAGAUGAAGAAGAACCUCCAAAAUACAAUUGGUUCAUGGAUGAAAUCAGCCUCCCAUUGACAGUUGCAGACACUGAUUGGGUUUUUUGCCAUGUUUUCCGCAAGAAGAUCAAACCCGAAACUGUUGAUUUGCCCUUUAUCGAAUCUGGUUCCGAAUCCGAAGAUGAAGAAGAAGAAGAAGAACAAGAACAAGAAGAACAGGAAGAACAAGAGCAAGAACAAGAAGAAGAAGAAGAAGAAGAAGAAGAAGAAGAAGAACAAGAAGAAGUAGAAGAAAGUGUUUCUGCAGAGAGUUUGGAUCUUUUUAGAGAGCAAGAUGAAAAUGUUCUUCCUCCAUCUCCUUCUCCACCUUAGCUUCUUAUAUUCUUAAAAACGGAUUGGUUGAUUAGUUUUGUUUGUUGUUUUUUUUUAAUGGUUAUGUAAUUUUGUCAUGAACAACAAAAAAGGAGAGCAGAAUUUUUG